AUGUAUUCAACAGGUUAUGAUUCUCUUCCAUCCUCAUUAGGUGCUGGAGAUUUCAAUAACGACAACUAUUUAGAUCUCGCCAUUGCCAAUUAUGGCACGAAUAAUGUUGGCAUACUUUUUGGAAAUACCAACAGAACGUUUGAAAAACAAAUCACAUUUUCAACUGGACUUGGUUCCCAUCCAUACUCAAUCGCUAUUGGCCACUUUAAUGACGACGGAUUUGUUGAUAUAGCUAUCGCCAAUUCUGGAACUCAUGAAAUAGGUGUACUUUUGAACAAUGGCAAUAGAACUUUCGCUAAUCAAGCCGCCUAUUCCGUAGGUUCUGCUUCUCCAUAUGCGAUUGGCAUCGGAGACUUCAAUCAAGAUAAUCGAUUGGAGAUCGUCAUCGCUAAUAACGGCAAUGAAAAUAUAGGUGUACUUCUCGGAUAUGGAAGCGGCCAUUUUGAAAAUCCAAUUGUGUAUUCAACUGGAUCUUAUUCUUCGAUUUCUGUUGCCAUAGGUGAUCUUAACAAGGAUCAUCGAUUAGACAUUGUCGUCGUGAACAAUGAUACUGGUAGCAUAGAUAUUCACCUUGGUUAUUUUGAGGGUUUUUUAAAUCAAACAAGGUAUUCAGCUGGCUCUGGUCCACAAUCUGUAGUUGUUGGUGAUUUCAACAACGACACUCGACUAGAUAUCGUUGUUGCCAAUUACCGUAGCAAUGAUGUGAGUAUCCUUCUUGAAAAUGGAAACGGUUCUUUUGAAAAUGAAACAAGGUAUUCAGUUGGUUCUGAUCCAAUAUCUGUAGUUGUUGGUGAUUUCAACAACGACACUCGACUAGAUAUCG